AUGGCAACUUUAAUUCCAACAAAAGAAAAUCUAGCUUCUUACUUUGCCCAACAAGCGAAAGAAAAGAAAAUACCAAAGUCCGAGUAUUUAUAUGUUUCACUUGAAGAGUUGUACCAACAAUUUGGCAUUACUGGUGAUACUGACAGAAUUAAUAAUAAAAUGAGUGGUGGGGAAGGUGAAGGUGAUAAGGGUAGCAAAAAGAAUUCAAAUAGUGGUCUCAAUGAGGAUAAGAAUGCAGAUUCAAUAGAAACAGCUACUACUACACUAUUAAAAAACUUGUUACAGGAACUUGUAUCCGAAAAUAUUUUAAAAGAAGAUCAGGAUAUCGAGAAUGCGAAUAAGUUGUAUUUUUGUUAUGAUUGCAAUAAUGAUGAAGCGGAAGAUAUGAAGCGAAAACAACCACCAGUUGAUGAAGACUCUUCGAAAUCUUUAACUGAUCCAAAGUUUUUCGCUGAAAAGGAAAAAUUGAUAUCAGAAAUUGAAGGACUCGAAAAGCAACUUGAAGAAUUACGCGCGGAAGCUAAAAACUGCAAAGAUAGAUUAGGACCAGAGAUAGACGCUGACAAAGAAAUCCAAAAUCAUUGCCGUCUAUUACACGAGUACAAUGAAAUCAAAGAUGUAGGACAAAUGUUAUUUGGAAAGUGCGCAGUAUACGAAGGAACUACUACAAAAAGGAUGUAUGAAAAAUUUGGGGUGGAUCUUGAGGAUUGA